UAGGUGGCGCGGCGGUCCUUUGUGUGCGUUUCGGCCCGUUCCUGAACGCACUGUCCCCGUUUAAAUAAAAAAAAUAAUAAUAUCGUAGUGGUGACCGACCGUGUAGUGACGCCGGCGACGGAUACUUGUUGACCAUGACACACGACGUGGCUGUCACAGCGGCCCAGACAUUGGGAAGAAGUCUAGUCAGCACCUUUUGUAGGUUCUAAGAAUUUCCCGUGCCCCCUGUCGCCACAAGCUCUGCGGGAAAGAUGCCGCAAGAAAGUUUGAAGAUGAUCAGCAACUCCAUAAGCCUGGGGCUUGGCCGUAGCCCACUGGGUCUCAACCAACAGGUCGCUGGCGGUUCGCGGUCGUCGGUGCUUCUGUCUCGCAUCGACUUUGAGCCGUGCGACGGCGGAGGCAAGCUCUCGACCGAGGCACUGCGGGCAAAGUACGCGCCGCUCUCCCCGUCGCCGGUACACAAUGGCCAGCUGAGCAAGAACAACUCCCUGCACAAGCUCGGAGGCAAGUCGAUGGUGAACGGCGCCUCCAUGACGAACGGCGUGGGUGGCGGCGGAGACGCCAUGAACGGCGGCGUAAACAAGGUGGCGCGCCGGGACGACGGGGGCGAGGACGGCAUCCCGGAGCCGCGGGUGCGGCUGCACUCGUCCGACGCGAUCUGGCUGGACUGGCGGGAGCAGCGGCGCAUAGGCGCGGGCCUCGUCAACAUGGGCAACACUUGCUUCAUGAACACGGUCAUCCAGUGCCUGACCUACUGCCCACCCUUGGCCAACUACCUCCUGCACCAGGACGACCACUGCACCAAGUGCAAGACAAUGAACUUCUGCAUGAUGUGUGAACUUCAGAGGCACAUGAAGCGGGCCCUGGAAAAGUCUGGAGACACCAUCAAGCCUCUGUACAUAUACCAGCGGCUCAAAGCCAUAGCGAAGCACUUUCAGUUCGGACAACAGGAGGACGCCCAUGAGUUCCUCCGCUACGUCGUUGACAACCUCUGGAAGGCAGCACUAGCCAAUUACGAGGGCGGCCUCAAGCUGGACCCUGCGAGCAAAGAAACAACAGUUGUGAAUGAGAUCUUUGGCGGGUAUCAUAGGAGUCAAGUGAUUUGCAUGAAAUGCAAGGAGAAGAGCAACACGUACGACCACUUCAUGGAUCUCAUCCUAGACAUCAAGAAUGCCUCCAGCUUGGAAACGGCCCUGGAGAAGUUUGUGGAGCCGGAGCUCCUGCAGAACGACAACGCCUACAAGUGUCCUCGCUGCAACAUCAAAGUGAUGGCGCAGAAGCGGUUCACGGUCCACAGGGCGCCCAACGUAGCCACCUUCCAGUUCAAAAGGUUUGACGCCAACCGGAUGUUUGGAGGCAAAAUCACGAAGCACGUGAGCUACCCCGAGCACCUUGAGCUGCGGCCGUACAUGUCGGAUAAGCAUGGUGAUCCGGUUACGUACCGGCUCAAUGCCGUGCUGGUGCACCUGGGUGCCAGCUGCAACUCGGGACACUACUUCUGCUUCGUGCGAAACUCCAACGGAAACUGGUACUGCAUGGACGAUUCCCGGGUGCACCAAGUGAGCUUGGGGCAGGUACUGAACCAGCAGGCAUACGUCCUCUUCUACGUCCGGACACCGCCGGAGUCGCAGGAGAACCACAUUGUCAAGAAGUCAAACUCCGCGGCCGCCUUGUGCAGCCGGAAUGCUACUCCCGAGCCGCUCCGAAAUGGGCAACUCUCCGUGGCCACGGAGAGGAGCACCCCGCAGAGGCCGAAGCAGCCCCCGCCCAGGUCUCCCUCAUCGCCUGCGGCCGUAUCCGUGGCCGGAACCACUGCUGCAGCCACGUCGUCGUCGUCGUCGUCAUCAUUGCCUAACACGGCCCACCCAUCACCCCACCGGACGGCAGCUCCGUCGUCCUCAACCUCAACGCCGCUUCCUGCUAAUCGUCCGAAGAUUGCCUUUGGAAUUGGCACAUCGUCUUCGUCCACUGCAGUGUUAUCUUCCCCGUCAACGUCGCAGCGAAGUGCCGGUCCGCCGAAACCUCCUGCUCCAGUGAUACUUCCGAAGCCUGCGGAAAAGCCGGUUGAGAGGCCCGUGGAUAAGCCGCUCGCGCCGCUCGCACUGGGUGACAUGAGCCUGGUUCCCUACGCGGGAGACUCGUCGGAUGCCUCGGACAGUGACAGGACUGACGGGACCAUCGAUCGGCGGAAAAGCCUGGUCCCUCAGACGCAUGCUCCGGAGACUCCCAGGGCCAAGGGUUCAUCAACGUGGCAAGUGUCGGACGUUAACCUCCUCUCUCCAGCCGUCUCGGUGGAGUCUAGCACGACGAGCGUCAACUCCACGACGGACUGGAACGUGACGGACAAGGAGCGGCCCUAUGAGGCGCGCAAGCCGGUCGCCGAGGAGUUUCCGGGCUGGACCGUGGAGCCGUCGUCGUCGGCAGCCGCCGCACCCGAGGCAGGGGAGACGUCAUCGCUGCCGGGGAGUUCUAGGGACGUGGCUCCAAAGCGUGUCGAAAAGGGAGAGGCGGAGAAGCCGGCCGCAGUCGCGGGGGUCGACGCCGCGGAGGACAAAGAACAGCAGCUGCGGCCCUUUCUUGGCGACGGACGCGUUGGCGUCGUCGAUACCCCCGAGACUCAACCUUCUGGUGACGGUGCGCGAGGCGGUGACGCGCUGCCUCCAGCGAGUGAACUUGCCGCGGGUGACGACGGUGCGGCGGCGACAGUCGACGAGCCCCCAGUGCGGCCUGUUGUGCCUCCGCCGAACUCGACGCCGCCGGCUCCCGUCGCCAACGGAUGUGUGAGGGCAGUGUCGGCCGACACAGACGACAGCAGUGAUUCGCAUGAGUGGGUUGAACGGACAAAGGAAACGUUAGCUGCCGAACGGCGCCACUCUGCAAGCAGCAAAGCCACAGUUCACCAGUGGGAUGCGCGGCCAAAUAUGAAUGGCUCCAAGGAUGGUUCGUCGUCGUCCUACUGGAACGGCAGCAAUGGUGCCAAGAAGCAGACGGACAUCGUUGGCUACCUCCAGAACAACGGCUCCCGGCAGUACGGCUUCGCCGUGAACGGCUGGGGCCGCGGCUCGGGAGGCGGCUACCACAACAGCUACGGCAGCGACCGCGGUGGCGGCAACUUCUACCGGGACAAGCGGAAAUACUACGAUGACUACGAUAGUUACGACGAUGAGUACGACAAGGGCAAGCAAAAGCGCAAGAGCAACGGUUUCAAUCCGCACUCGGGGUCGCACUACCGCAACGGCUCGAACCCUUUCCAGCAGACGCAGAACUUUAGGAACCAGCAGGGUGGCGGCCACCGGUUCCACAACCAGCAGUUCCAGAGGUUCCAGAAAGGCCCACCGCCGUUCUACGCCCGGCACCACAACAGGCAGCACUCUAACUACGGACCGCCCCGCCGGAAGCACCACUACAGCCGCACCCGAUAGCGAGACUUGCGGGGAGGAGUUGCAGUGUGUGCGGUGCGAUUUCAAUCCAGACGAGCGAGGCCACCACGAGUGUGCUGACCUAAAAAACACAGAACUGCUGACAGCGUGGUUGACAGCACUUCCCUCUUCAGCCCUUGCGUCUCGACGCGGAAGGCCCCCCAGCGUAGAGGGAUGUGCCGACGAAGGUGUGUUUAGCUGCGACGGGCGAGGUGUUUCGUUAUCAUCGUUGACAGACUGUUCUUCCGCAGUGCUCUCGGAGCCUCUGUGACUCUGAGGCAACAUCGCCGUCUGGAAAGUGCGUUGGCGUCUGGGACAUUCGUCGGAGCGUUGCCUCGUUUGUCGGCGGGGAAGACUCGCAAGCAGCUGGCUGGCUUGCCCACGACGGACUCGCCUGCAUGCUGCAACGACGUUUGCCAGCUUGCGUUGCCGGCAGCCAAGAAGUCUUCACGACGCAGGCACGGACUACUCGCUCGCUCGUCGAAGCGACAGGCCUCGUCUGAAGUGAGGCGUUCCCGCAACCGGGUGCGCUCACUUUCACGGCCAGUUCGUGUGUUUUUUUUUUUUUUUUCUUUCUCUCUCUCUCGCUUGGUGAUCGUCCAGACAACCUACUAGUUUUCCAAGCUGCAAAGUCUUUUUUGUGGUCCAGUCGUCGUCAUCGUCACGGUGUCGUGUGUCGUGCCGCAAGUUAACGCAGUGCGAAAGGACAAGCGUUUUGCAAGAGCUGCGCCGUCGAUCGAGUACUAUCACAGCUAGCUCUGGACACAAAGCCUUUUCGUCACAGUUCGAAGCGGACUUGCCCGUUUGCCCCCAUUUUUUCCGGAGAGCAUCAGUGGACAUACGUUGGGUAGAUGUUACUGGCAGCGGUGUAUUUUUGUUUUAAUGAACACUUCCCCCCCCCCUUUAUUUUAAUUUUUUUUUCCCCGUGUUAAUUAGUGCCCGUUCUCGCACGCACUCUUUCUGUUCCCAUUUGCUUAGUUCUCUGAACAUUGUUCUCGGUUUGACCUGCAAGGAAGUGUGACGUCCACUGGUGGUGAGAUUUAUGUGGGAACCCGUGCUUAAGAAAUGUGGUCGUGGUAGGAACUGUUUAAAAAGGUUGGCUUUGUGGGGGAUGUGAAAAAAGAGAAAAAAAACAGCCUCAGUGUUUCUUUUUUUUUUUCUUCCAAGUACUUGGAUAUAAAGUUUGUAGGAGCUACCUACAUUGAUGAACAUUUA